AUGAAAGAAGUUUCACAAAACAAUGAAGUUGAGUCUUCACCAAAAAAUGCAAGGAAGCGAUGUGCUGACUAUUAUGCCUAUCCUCAAAGCAAGCGGUUGCGAGAAGAGGGUAUGGUGCCAUCAACCUCGAACCACAACCCCUGUUUACUACGUCCAACCCACAACAAUCCAGAUAUAUCUCGUUGUCUCAUGGUCCAUAUGAUA